AUGACCAUGGUUAUCAGAUGUCGUGGCGAAACUGGAGUGAAAAAGAAGAUUAAAGAUUUGCAAGUAAAAGCAAAUGCAAAGUUCGAAAAAAAAGUUGAAGAAAUUAAAAAAGAACUAAUGGAUAAAAAUUCAGACGAGCUGGAUGAUUUUGUCAAUGGAGAAUUUGAUGAAUUCAACCAAACAUUCAUUGAUCAUUCAAACGGUAUUCGAGAACACGUUCGUAACCUGGCACCUAAGAGAGACGAUUAUUUUACUAAGGAAGCAUAUGAAGAAGCCGAAAGAGAGUACAAGGAUUUCAUUGCUUUUGUGGUUGGGGUAAUCAACAAGCUCAGGGAUUGGCUCUCAAAUCUCUUUAGAGUGAUAUUGGAUUUCUUCAAAAGUUUGUGGUCUUGGAUCAAGACUGAAGAACGGAACAUGGCUGAAAAGUAA